GGACACCACUGUUUUAAAACAUACAUAUGAGUACCUAACUUCACUGUUGACCAUCAACCUAAAAAGUCAUAUUUACUUACAAUAUACGUAGUAUACAGUUCAUUGAUAUAUGGAAUAACUGAUUUUUUAACAACAUGUUUUGGAUAUAAAAUUAUGGAUAAAUAUAACAUAUGAAUAUGAAUCUUGUGAUAAGUAUCCAAAUAUUGGUGACACAUUAGAAUAGACAAAGUUUGACCUCUUUCUGUUCAGUAACCAGUGCAUUCAACAGCCAGCUGCUUCUGAGUGCAGAUAAUGUUGCAACAACAUAUUUAAAUUCAACAUUAAUUAUGCCAGAUAGAUAUUUCGUGUUACACAGUUAAAUAUUGGUUUAUUAGGAAUAUAUUUUUUAUCAGAGGUGGAAUAAUUUGGAGCAUCAUUCUAUAUUGUUUUUUCAUUACUCGCAAAUAUCUAAGAUUGAAAUCUGAAAAUGGAAAAUAGUGAAGAAGAAAAAUGCAAUGUAAGGUGUAAUGAUGUAGAUGCAGACCCCUCUACAUCAUUCGAUUGUCAGUCUAAAACAAAUAUUAAUACUGGAGAAGAUAUCAAGAAAGGACAAAAGACACAAACUUGUAUGGUUAAUGCAUCGCCACCAAAAUUUGUUUCUCUUGAAGAAAUAAUAAAAGCUGCUAAUGGUAUGAAGAAUAUGGCUCUAGCUCAUGAAAUUGCAGUGGAUAAAAAUUUUCAACUUCAAAAACUUGAACCUGAAGAUGGCACAUUUCAUCAAAGAGUAAAAGAAAUCAUGCACAAAGCAUUUUGGAAUCUAUUAAGCGAACAGUUAGCCGAAGAACCUCCAAAUUACACACAGGCAUUGGUGUUAUUAAAAGAAAUUAAAGAAAUAUUGGAACAACUGGUAUUUCCACACCAUGCAAAAAUUCGGGAAAAUUUAAGAGAAGUGCUUGAUAUAGAUUUAAUUAAACAGCAAGCAGAAAAGGGUGUUUUAGACUUCCAGCAUUAUGCACAAUAUGUUAUUUCAAUUAUGAGUAAAGUGUGUGCACCAGUAAGAGACAGCAUGAUCAGAGAACUUAAUCAAAAAACAGAUGUUAUCGAAAUAUUUAGAGGUAUAAUGGAAGUAUUGCAACUAAUGCGACUUGAUUUAGCAAACUUUACGAUUACGAUGAUGAGACCAAAUAUAGUUGCGUUAAGUAUUGACUAUGAAAAAGCAAAAUUUGCUGAGUUUUUAAAAAUCAAUGGAAGUGAUUUAAAAUACACGGAAAGGUGGUUAUUAAGGCAUUUUGAUCCUACAAAGAUUACAGGUGAUCCAUCAGAUAUUAACUCUAUACGGCAGGCUACACAUUGUAUUUUAACUGAAGCAUAUCUGGAUCUUCUGGAUUGGGAUUUUAGUCCAGAUGCAGAAACUUUGAUGCUAGAUCAAGGUAGACUGUUAGAACUUCGUGAUAAGACCAAUAGAUUAAGUAUUAUCGGUGCUGUUAUAUUACUAGUAAAUAAUACAGUCGGUGAAGCAAUUUAUGGAGUAUCCAGUUUUAAGAAGAAUAUAAAGCAACACCUUAACGUAUUGUUGGAGUCUGUGCAUUCAAAUAAAGAUUUGGAAGGAUUAAUGUUAAAUAUUGUACUACAAGUACACACAGAUGUAAACACGACAUUACAACAAAUUGGUGCUGCUCAGUUAUCUGCAGAGUUAGAAACAUUAUUGGAAGGACAAAUAUUAGAGCUCGUUAAACCAGAACAUAAAAUUCGGCAUCUUAUCAGUUUAAGAAUUCGACAGUUUUUGCAGAAAAUAAUACUCUCUCAAUCAACAGCACCACAGCAAGUGCCUCCAGGACUUUCUUCCCUUCAAGAAGAAUUGACUGCUAUAGUAGCACAGUUUUUAAUUCUCAUUUCUCAUAAUCGAAUUGUAUUCGGGGAGUAUUAUCAAGAAAUCGUGACUAAUGCUUUACUAAGAAAGGAAGCUGAUAACAAGGAUAUGAGUGAAAUCCAUUCCAUGGAACUAUAAAAAAGCUGCAAUUUUAAACUAAUCUUUGUGAAGGGGACGUUAUUGUUACAUUCAUUAAAUAAUACAUUAAUUGAAAAUAAGCGAUAUUUGUAUCUCAAAGUAAUUUUUAACUCAUCUUUAUAAAGUGAUUUUUAUAAUGAAAAGAAAAAUACUUAUGGAUAAAAAUGUAAAAUAACAAAGAAGUGUUUAAACAUCAAUGUAAGUUAUAAACGAUUUUAGUAAUUCAGUAUUCAAGUAUGUAGUUUACAUGAGAAUGUAAGAGGUUAUAGUUAAAUACGUAAAUGCUAAUUGGUUUCUUUGUAAUACAAUGUACGUAAUGUUUUUAAUACAAGUUAAUAUUUCACACAUAAACUAACGAUAUUCAUCUUUAAUAAGUAAUGUAAUUAUUUGCUACAACUUUCCAUAUUUGGUGCUUUAAAACAUUUUAUUCCAAAAUGUUACAUGUACUUGAAAGAAAAAUGUAAUAUAUAUAUAUAUUAAAUAGUAAUAUAUAAUAAACAUGAAAAUUAAAUCAGUUUAUAAUGAAAUUUUAUUCU